AUGUCGAAUAAGGAGCUGCAGGCCAAGAACGAUGGCCUGGCGAAGCAGAACAAGGACCUGCAAGCCAAGAAUGAUGAUCUGGUUGAGGAGAAUGAGAAGCUGAGAGUUAAGCUGGUUCUGAAGGCGAAAGAGAUGCAGUGCCUGAGGAAGCAGAAUGAGGAGGUGCAAGGCACGAAUGAUGGAAUGAGGAAGCAGAAUGAGGAGCUGCAUGUCAAGAAUGAUGGCCUGGCGAAGCAGAACAAGGAACUGCAAGCCAAGAAUGAUGAUAUGGUCGAGAAUGGAAGCCUAACAAAGGGGAAUGAGGAGCUGCAAGCAAAGAAUGUCGACCUGGUGAAGCAGAAUAAGGAGCUGCAGGCCAAGAAUGAUUGCCUGGCUAAGCAGAAUAAGGACCUCCAAACCAAGAAUGACGAUCUGGCGAGGGAGAAUGAGGAGCUGCACACCAAUAUAGACAGCAUGAGGAAGCGGAAUGGAGAGCUGCAAGCCAAGAAUGUUGGCCUAACAAAGCAGAGUGAGGAAGUUCAAACCAAGAAUGAUGGACUGAUGAAGAGGAAUGAGGACCUGCAAGCCACGAUUUGUAGCCUGAUGAAUGGGAUUGAGGAGCUGGAAGCUAAUAAUGACGGGCUGGAAGAUUUGACCGGAUGUCUUGGUUUAGACGAGUUAAAUGGGCAGAGAGCUAUUGGGAUCAAAAGAAUGGGAGAACUUAACGAGAAGCCAUUUCAAGAUGCAUGUAAGAGAAAAUAUGGAGACGACGAUUACCAGAUGAGAGCAGCAGAGUUGGUCUCAACUUGGCAGGAGGAAUUGAAGAACCCAUCCUGGCAUCCUUUUAUGAUUGUUCAGGUUAAUGGAGAACACAAGGAAUUUCUAGAUGACGAUGAUCCAAAACUGAAGUUCCUGCUGAUCGAGUAUGGCGAGGAUGUGUGCAAUGCAGUGAAGGCCGCGCUGAUGGAGAUGAACGAGUACAACCCCAGCGGGCGUUAUGUGGUGCCCGAGCUCUGGAACUUUGGGGAAGGCCGGAGGGCGACGAUGGAGGAGGUCCUCAAGCACCUGUGUGGUGCAAGUGCUGUGGCCUUGCUUGGCUUUCUAUUGUGUGCGAUCGUCUGA